CCGAGUUAGCUGUCAGUAUACAGCUAGUAUCAGCGUGAAUUGCAGUCGCCGCUUCAUACUUACCAGCAUGACGAAAACGCGGCUGUUAUUCAGCGCUAUUGCGGCAAUGUGUCUGAUCUUAGCAGAGUUCUCACAGCCAUCCGUAGAGGCAAUCUCCGAUGUCUACAUUCUUGGCCUUUUCCCGAUGACAGGAUCUUGGGCUGGCGGACAGGGUCAGUAUCCGGCGAUUCAGCUCGGAAUCGAACACAUCAACUCUGAUGCGAGCCUCCUGAGCGAUUAUCGAAUAGUUUUGAAACCGGACGGAGUAGAAGAUGCCGAUACCUGGUGUAAUGGAGGUAGAGGAACUGACGUCAUGUACCGAGAACUAUACAAUACAACGACUACUAAAAUCAUGGUUUUAGGUGCAGGCUGCUCUAUAGUGACUGAACCGACGGCACAGGCGUCACAUUUGUGGAAUUUACUUCAGCUGUCUUACUCGUCAGCCUCUCCCAAGCUGUCAGACAGGACUCUCUUUAAGAAGUUCUUCCGGGUUUUCCCUCCAGAAAAAGUUCUGAAUGCCGUGAAAUACGACAUGCUCAAAUACUUUGGGUGGACUAAAGUCGGGACUCUGCAUCAGACAGUUGACUUGUUCUCAUUGGCUAUGGCAGACUUUCUUGACAACGCUGAAGAGAAUGAUAUCGAAAUAUUGACGUCGGAAAGCUUUGCAAAUGACCCAUCAGUGCAAGUGUCGAACUUGAAGAAACAAGGCGCACGAAUAAUCAUUGGUAACUUUUACGAAAAUAAAGCUCGCCAAGUGUUCUGUCAAGCUUACAAGGAAGGAAUGUAUGGUGCUAAGUAUGUGUGGAUAAUUACAGGUUGGUACAGUUCUGAUUGGUGGAAACAAGAAGACCCCGAUAGUCCAAUAGACUGUACAUUACAGGAAAUGGAAGCAGCGAUUUCCGGCUAUUUCACCACUGAUGCACUUCCGCUAAGUCUCUCUGAUAGUCCGGGGGUUUCUAAUAGGAAACAUGGUCCUGCUCAUUGGAGAUUCAACUCCACUCUAACCAAAGAUAAAGAGUAUGGAAACUUAAUAAAGGAAAAGAUUGAAAACUGGCAGGAAGAAUUUAAAGAUAUAGAUAGAAGUCAGUUAUGGGACUUAAUUAAAUACCAGAUUAAAAAAAUUACAAUUGAUUACACUAAAGAAAAAGCAAGAAACCGUAAACAGGAAAUUGAGGACUUGGAAAAACAGCUUAAAGAUACUCAACAGAUGUGUAGUGACAGCCCAAAUGAGGAAAAUUAUAGCAAUAUGGAAGAAAUGAAAAGGAAAUUAGAAGACCAUUAUAAUUAUAAGGUAGAAGGUGCUAUAAUAAGAUCACGGGCUAGGUGGUAUGAAAAAGGGGAAAAAAAUAACAGAAAGAAAUCCUGCAUCAAACAAUUAAAAGUAGAAAGGGAUAAAACUAUAGAACAACCAAAUGAAAUUUUAACAGAAAUAAAAACCUUUUACUCUAGGCUGUACUCAAAUAAGGAUUCGAUAGAGGCCACUAAAUUUCUUAAUAAUACUGCAAUUCCAGUGCUGGCAGAAAGUUCACAGGCAAAAUGUGAGGGACUUCUAACUUCAAGGGAUAUUUUGGAUACAUUAACUUCAAUGAAAGAAAAUAAAAGCCCAGGAAACGAUGGCUUAACGGUUGAGUUUUAUAAGGCAUAUUGGCCACUGACCACCGCACAAUUUCUUGAGGAGUAUACAGCCUAUGUGGGCGGUGAUCCUGAGUCACUAUCUGGACACCAGGAGGCGCCCUAUGGUUAUGACAGCGUGUGGACAAUUGCCUUGAUGUUACAGGAAGCGGAACAGAGAUUACAGGCGAUGGUGCCACCACAGUCUAUCGCUGACUUUGAGUACGAUAACUCUGAUAUGGCAGAUCUUUUCUUCGAUAUCAUGAGUGAAACCAAUUUUGAGGGCGUUUCAGGACCAGUCUUGUUUACAGAAUCUGGGGACAGACAGGGUUUAAUGCAAGUUGAACAAAAUCAAAAUGGGUCCGAGGUACGUGUCGGUAUUUAUGAUCCGUCGUCCCUUGAAGUGAACAAGAUCACGUGGUAUGAACAUCCGGGCGUCAUUUGGGAAGGUGGAAAGCCGCCGGCUGAUGCGGAGCAGGUUAUUGAACAGUACCAGACUAUUUUAUUUGCACUGUUCGUUGCCAUGACAGCAUUGUCAUCAAUGGGUAUCAUGUUAGCGUUUGCAUUUCUAUGGUUUAAUUUAAAAUACAGAAAUCACAGAUUUAUUAAAAUGUCAAGUCCAUAUAUGAACAAUCUGAUCUUGUUUGGCUGCCAGUUAGCUUACGUAUCCAUCAUAUUAUCAGGCAUCAGUUCAGACAUCGUUUCAGACGCCAGCUAUCUAACAAUACAUAAAGUUAAUCGCUGGGUAUUGGCCAUGAGUUUCUCCCUUUCAUUUGGUGCUAUGUUCAGUAAAACAUGGAGAGUUCAUAAAAUAUUUACAAACAAGAAGUUGGAAAAACGGUUCAGCCACAGAGAAUAG